CUUUUUACGUGUAUGCUUUUGGAUCAUUGCAUGAUUAUCAGUUUAUCACUUCUCUAGUUGGAUUCCUUUCAAUCAUUUCAGAAUAUUAAUCAUUAUUUAAUGCAACAAAGAAAUUAAGAAAUAGUAAUCCAAAUUAAAUUAGGGUAGUUACAUGUAAAUUAGGUUUAAACACACUGGAACACUAGCAGUUGUAAGCUGUAACCAACAACCACAGACUAAAUUAUUGUUUCAGUCAGAAGAGAGAAAUCAGAAACUUUCUUUUUGUUCUGCCUCCGUUGAUUAAAUCUCAGCCGUUAAUCUUUUCCCCACUCCUAUUCGGACUCCGUCAUCGCCGCCGCCAGAAUCCAUGGAGGUGCGGUCCAACUCCGCCGCCGAGAACCCGUCCGCCGCUUCGCCGCCGCCGAAUCGCCAUCGUCCGAGCUCCGCCGUGCCACCGUCAAAGAAGCCUCUCGCUUCUCCUCAACCCGUUGAUACCACCUCCGUGUCGCAAAGACUCCAGAAGGAAUUAAUGGCUCUCAUGAUGAGUGGAGGCGAUCUCGGAGUAUCUGCUUUUCCUGAUGGUGAGAGCAUUUUUACAUGGAUUGGCACAAUUGAAGGUGGAAAAGGAACUCUAUACGAGGGUUUAUCUUAUAAACUCUCCCUACGUUUUCCCCUGGAAUAUCCUUUUAAGCCACCUCAAGUGAAGUUCGAGUCGACGUGCUUUCAUCCAAAUGUUGACCAGUUUGGCAACAUUUGUCUUGAUAUCCUUCAGGACAAGUGGUCUUCAGCUUAUGAUUGCAGAACUAUUCUUCUAUCAAUUCAAAGUCUGUUGGAAGAACCUAACCUGGAGAGUCCUCUAAACAACUAUGCUGCAGCACUUUGGAAUGAUAAGGAAGAUUGCAGGAGAAUGAUUCACAAACAAUAUUUUGCUGGAGAAGCACUUGAAAGAUGACUGAUACAUACAGAUUCAUAGGUUGAAGAAAAACUAUGAUGCCGAUAAAUUUGGCAUUUUAUUUUUUCAAUUUGCUUUGAUAUUGUAUCCUGAAACUAUGGAAGUUCGGGUGUCGUAUGAAUGUGAUUUGAUGAUUUUGUGAUUUGAUGAUUUUCUGUAUAAUAGAUGUAAAAAUUUAAUGACCAAAGUGGAAUGAUACAUACAAUGGCAGCUUGGAAUUAUAUUUUCUUAAAUGUAAUAUUCUCUUUUUUG